AUGAAUUUCGAUUUUACCUUAGAAAGGUGCUGUGAACGAAACCAAAACAUCACGUUCAUAAGCAUCUCCGCGUGUGUGAUCAUAAAUGUAAUAUUUUGGAAAUGCAAGAUUUUAGAGCCUUUUAAACUACUAACCGUUUUUUUGCAUGAAUUUUCGCAUGCGUCUGCUUGUUGGUUGACUGGAGGAAAGGUUAAAAGCAUAGAGGUAAACAGAAAUCAUGGAGGGUGUACAAAUACAAUUGGAGGAAUUAAAUUCAUAAUUUUACCAGCUGGAUACAUUGGUUCCUGUUUUUAUGGAAUGUUUUUUAUUUUGAUGGCAUACAUAAAUAAGUGGACCCUAAUAACAUCAGCUGCAUUUUUAUGCUUCUUAUUAUUAGUAGUCUUGAUUUUUUAUGCCAAUAAUUUUUUUUUAAGAGCUCUUUGCGUGCUUUUUCUAGCGCUUACUAUUUCCAUUUGGGUUUUGUGUGUGCAUUUUAAGCAAGACGUACAGUAUUGGCCUCUGAAAAUAAUAAUGACUUUUAUAGGUGUCAUGAAUGAAAUAUAUAGUAUUGUUGAUAUCUUUGAAGACUUAAUUACAAGAUCAGUACCGGAGUCUGAUGCUUAUAAGUAUGCAGAACUAACAAAAUGUAAUUCCAAGUUUUGUGGAGUUCUGUGGUUUGUCAUUAAUUUACUUUUUAUACUUUUGACCAUUUAUUUGAUUGGUGCCAUUCACGUGAAAAACUUUAAUAAUUAA